AUGCCAGAAGACAGAGUGCUCGAUUUGAUAACUCCCCCCUUGAGAUUUACUGCUCUCCAGCCAAAUCUAUAUCGAGGAUCCUAUCCACGACCCAUCAACUAUCGGUUUCUCAAACGAUUGAGGUUGAAAUACAUACUAUCGCUAAUUCCUAGUCCCAUAACAGAGAAAACAGAUAGACCAUUGCAAGAUUUCUGUCGAGAACAAAAUAUCAAGUUACUUCAUAUCGAGUGCAGCAAGGAUGGGGGCAAGGGGAAGAAGAGAAACGUUCCCAUUACUUAUUCGAUAGUGAUUCAGGCCAUUGAGAUAAUUAUAAACUCAGAUUACUCGCCAUUGUAUAUUCAUUGUCUUACUGGAAGCCAUAUAACAAGCUUGAUAGUUGCGUGUUUGAGGAAGAUAUCGUUUUGGUCUUCAGUAUCGAUUUUUAAUGAGUUUAUUAAUUAUUCUGCGACAAUUAAUUUUGCAGAUAGAUCGUUUGUGGAGAAAUUUGAGGGAGAUAUUUUUGUGCCUGAAGAUAAGAUAAAUUGGAUAUUUUGGAAUGGUUUUCCAAGGGAAACAGUGUUGGAUACGUUCAGCAUCAAAUUGAUUAAAAGCCAGAAAGAGAAUGGAAAUGAAAAGGAAAGGGAAAACGAUGAUAUCAAAAAUAUUAUAUAG